CCUCCCACUCUCUCCCUCCACCUCUCUGUGUUGCUCCCACUCUUAUUCAGAGGUGGGAUGCUCUGCAGUGCUGCACACUGAGGUGACUCCUAGCAGUCUUUUAGCUUUUACCAACGGGCAGAAAGGAGCUGCUGCAUCACUCAGCUUUGACAGGAGCUGUAUGGGUGCUUCUUCAUCAUGCUCACAUCUCUGUUUCUAUGUGGGGCACUUGGAGUGCUGCUGGUCCCUGUACGAUCUCAGCUGAUCUCUGUGUGCAUUGAAGAAGAUGAGGACCUCAGAGUGGACUGCAGGAUCAAGCCAAAUCCCAACAAAAUCACCAGCUAUGAGUUCUCCUGGUCAUCCGGAACCAAGGAGUCCCUGAUCAACACCAAUGUUUCUGGCUCAGCUGCAGAGGUUCAGUUCAGAGACAAAAGCGAAGUGGUGGAACUUGAUCCCUAUGGCUACAGGAUGACCCUGAAAGGCUUCACUAACACGCUUCCACACAACACCACCUACAUGUGUAAAAUAUCUGGGCAGGUUCAAAAUAUCAAUCUGGAGAAAGAACAACUGCAGCCAUGCUCGGCUGUGAGCCAGUUUCUGAAGACCUCAUGGUCCUGGAUCGUCCCACUGCUGAUCUUCCUCUAUCAUACACACUGCUAAAUCAAAUGUAGCAUGCUAGGUUGUGCCAGACACAAAUAAGCCCAGCCUUCCUUCUGUCUACAUACUUAUUCAUUGAUAAAACAGCUUUAGGUUUUAUCUGCCCUUCCUCUUCUUGCAGAUAUAGCAUUAAAAAGAUCUAGGAGAAUGACUCAAGAUUUUGGGAGACCUUUUGCUUCAGAAAUGCACAAAGUCUUUGUGAACUUGCACAUGUAAAUAUAUAAUGACGCUCUGGUUUUCAAUAAAAAGAUGCUAUAUAAAGUCAAA